UUUAUUAUAUGAAAAGAAGGAACGACUUAUGAAGCACUUUUCUCUGUAUAAUUCUGAGUACCUAGUACCUAAGUCAUCUUCCGAGGAACUUGGAAGUUGAAAUAAUAUGAUUUGGUCCCAUUCAACAACAUUUUCUUAACUCUUAGUCGAAGCCAACAUGGCUACCACCACUUUGCGAAGGACUAUUUUCACAUUACUCGCACUAACCGCCGCCAUGGCUUCGGCAAUGGCACCGUUGAGAAACAUCAUGUAUCUCACAGGGCAACAUCCCAUAGCACCGGAUUUAGCUCUGAGCUCGCCUAUCACUCACGUAGCCAUGGCCUUUAUGGGUCCCGACAUCUUCAAUCAGGAACAAGCUAGUUCAACUUGGCCGCUGUUCAUGUCCGUCAGCGAGGCUCGUUCCAAAUUCCGCCCGGGCACCAAGAUGAUGGUUGCCAUCGGCGGCUGGGGUGAUUCGGCGGGGUUCGAUACCGCAGCGCGGACAGACGAGAACCAAGCUCGAUUCGCUCGCAACAUAGCCGCCAUGGUUCGUGAUACAGGCGCCGAUGGUGUCGACAUAGACUGGGAGUACCCCGGAGGCAACGGCGAGGAUUGGAAAAAGGUCCCCAACGAAGAGAGAGCCUGGGAGGUUGCGGCGUUUCCAAAACUGCUCGCCCAGAUCCGGAAGGCUCUCGGUCCUGACAGGCUCAUCUCGGCAGCGGUACCAGGCCUUCCGAGAGAUAUGCUCGCCUUCAAACCCGAGACUGUCCCUCAAAUCAUGGAGUCUCUUGACUUCUUAAACGUCAUGGCGUACGAUUUGAUGAACCGCCGCGACAACGUAACCAAACACCAUACCGGUGUCCAGGCUAGUCUAGACUCUGUGCAUGCUUACAUGGCAAACGGUGCGGCACGCGACAAGAUCAACUUGGGCUUCGCCUUUUAUGCCAAGUAUUUCCUCACCGAGCGCGCGCCGUGCGUCAAGAACCCAAUCGGCUGUCCUACGGGUCUGAUGGAGGACCCGGUGACGGGUGCCGACCUCGGUCGGGCGGGUUCUUUUUCGUGGCAUGACGAAGUCCCUCAAAAUGUCAAGGCAUCCUUUGACAAGGCUAUGACGCAGGGGCGUUAUGACGAAGUUGGCGGCGGCUACUACUACUGGGACGAGCAAGAGGCUAUCUGGUGGACGUUUGACACCCCAGUAGCCAUCGCUAAGAAGUUUCCCCUCAUUGUGGAAAAGGAGAGGCUAGGUGGCGUGUUCGCGUGGGGACUAGGCGAAGAUGCGCCGAAAUGGGAUCAUCUCAAGGCGCUCAACGCCGGCGUGAAGAGCCUCUCCGCCAGAAAGGAGGAGCUAUGAGAUUGUCCAUGUUAUCUUGAUGAGAAGGGUCCUGAUGAACUAGCAUGCGUUAGUUUUCCUGCUUAGACUACAUAUUUAUGCAACAGAAAUCCUGCACUGCUUAUGCCGGCUAGGAAAUGCAGACUUUCUUAUGCGAUCA